AUGUUGCCAGAGCUCAUUAAAUUUGUUCUAUUGAUUAUCAUGCAGCCCGCCCUUGGGGAAUCCGCGAGACUCUGCUGCGCAACCAACGAAGCCUUCUCUCGAAUACACGGUGUGCAGUCCCCGAAAAGCGAUUGUGUUGCCGAUGUUAUUCCCUGGCGCCACGAAUUUAAACCAAACAGCAAACGGCCACAUGUGGACGGAAGAGAUAUGCGCUUUUUCAGCGAUUACAAGGUCAAUAACAUACCCUCAAACUGCAAUGAUGAUGUUGGAAAGCGUUGUUUUAAGGAACCGGGAAAGAAGAAGGUCGUCGAAGAUCCAUAUGGGAUCUCAACGGACACCAAAUCCAAGUAA